ACGGAGAGUCAGGACGCAUGAGCCAGCCCAGCGCUGCGAUGGAGAUCCAGGAUAUCCUUCUCUGCCGCGUGCAAGCUUGCCCCACAAUUUUACUGAUCAAGCAAAGCUCGUACGAUGCCAUUUCACUCCCAUCUCAUCUGGAGUCUUUCCGCUCGUCAAUCGUAGCGGUUGGUGUUGCUCGCCAUAUUUGGCUGGACUGGCGGACUGAGGGUCGACUGGCUCGAUGACGUCCGUCUGCAGCGCGGAUGCGGGAGCGGCUGGCUCAUCAUGUGUCAGCCCCGGAGUGCGGAAGACGAAGCCAGGCUGCACGACUCUGGUCGAGUGGAGAUUUUGAGCUACGAUGGAGGGCUUUGCCCUACGAGAUUAGACGAGGGCGAGACGUCGACGACAGACAGCAGCAGCAACAACGAAUCGGUCACUACGAGGGCCUUAACGCUCUUCAUCACCAACCAACAGCAGUUGUAUUUCCAUCGCCGUCCUCUCACUGUUCAACGGCGCGCGAGCCCGUCUUGCUUGAAUCGCGGAAGAGGGCCGGCCAUUCAGGCACAACUCCACUUCAGCAUCAUCUUACCCCAUCGGUCCAUUACACUGCAAUGCAGCCCGAGGCUGCUUCGACGGGCGCAGGCCAUGACUUCGUCCUCUUCGACGACAGCUAUGGCCCCGGGGGGAUGCCGUCGUCGUCCUCAUCAGGGUCGACUAGCACACUGGCCGAGGCAAUGGGUUCCUCCUCCGCGUUCCCGUCGAUGUCGAGAAGCAAGCCAUCCUUCACAGAGUAUCGCGGACCAGCUUCAGUCGGGGGAGGGAGUGGUGGAGGUGAUUCACCAUUCGGCAGCCCAGCAUCGCGACUCGAAGAUGACUUCCCAGUCACAGGAGCAGGGGGUGGAUCAAGGCCUUCGUCGGUGGGCAGCCAUGGUAGCGGAACAUUAAGCGCAGCAACGGGCAUACCGAAUCGCAAACGUCAACGAGGCAAUGACGGGCGAGGUCAUUCGAGUACGACUUCUCUCACCGGUCUCGCAGCUGCCAUGGGCGCUACCUCGAGCAAUCCGAGCCACCAGAGACAAGGCAGCGCAUCAAGAGGCUAUCGUCAGCGACAUUCCAUCUCAGACGACAGACCCAUCCCGGGUCUAGCAGACACGACAUUAAGCAAUUCGGGCGACGACUGGUCACUCGCAGAUACAUCUCCUCAGAACCCUCCGAGCGGCAGCUUUGGCCCGCCGAUUGGCGCAUUAUCACUCGGAGGAGGAGAUGGAUCAGCGGAACAGUUCGCCUCUCUCUUCCCAGAGCUAUCUCAGCAGCAGCAGCAACAGCAACAGCAGAUUCAGCAAAAUGUCGCAGCGAUGAAGUUCCAACCACAAGCGCACAUGGCCUCCUUCCCAAACUAUGCUGUGCAAGGAGCCAUGCCUGGCUCCAACGCCAUGUUCCCAGCAUCGCAGCCAACUCCAGCACAAGAAGCAUUUGCUCGCCAGCAAGUGCGUCAAGAGCUAGCUUCGGUCGACCAGCGAGCACUCCGAGGCCCUCUGCGCGACCUCGCGCAAGGCAACAACAAUGUCUCGAGCGGCGGCUUUAUGCCUACAGCGCCCGCUCAGCCAAAUUUCGAAGCCGACUUGAUCGCUGCAGCUCAGAGCUUCGCAGCAAACAGUCAGGCCAAUCGUGGGAGAAUGGGAGACUCAAGAGCGCCGGGCAUCGGUUUGGGACCGAAGCAGGCUGAUCCCCUGGCCCUCAAUCAACAGCAAGGCAACGUCGACCAGCAACGUAAUCUCCUCUUCCCCGGUCCAGGCAUCAAUGGCGGCGGUACAUGGCAGCCAGACUACGCUGCGCCCGUAGCCUGGUCGCAGGCCGACCCUGACCAGCAGAUGCAGCCCUCGCCACCAAAUCAAGGUGGUCCACCACAUCGUCCUCCCGUCGGCCCGAGGAAACGCAGCAAUAGUUUCGAUGCCAGCUUCCUGCCAGCCUCACGCCCCUGGUUCAGCCAGUCACCGCCUCAGCAACCGGACAUGGCAGCCCAGAAUGCGCUCGGCGUUGCACCUGCAAACAGUCUGCAAACGGGACCCGGAGGCGUAGGCAUGGGUACAGGGACUGGAUGGACGGGCGAGCCCACGAACAACUUCAACGCCUUCGACUUGAGCGGCGGUCAAGCUCUGGGUCAAACGAAGCCUCAGCGCAAACCAUUGACGAGGGAUCGUUCCGGUCUGACCGUCUCGCCCAGAGAAAUGUACCUCGACGCGUCGGCGAGCGACGAGGGCAAGAACGGCCUCGCGGGCUGGUCUGGUCCGCAAUUGGCAAACAUGGACGCCAACCAGAUUCUCAGCCAAUUGCUGAUGUCAGCAGGCAAGGAUGGCUCCCAAGUCUCGACGCCGAAGGGUCAGCCCAACAUGCCAACCUAUCUCAGCAAGCCGCCCAUGUUGCGAGCUGAUACCAUCCGGCCGAGCGACAGUCAGCCGGCAGCGCCAAUGAUGGGCGGCGAUAGACAUGCGCCUCCCACUGCAGGCUCAUCUGCGAGCAGCGGAUUGAGCCUAUUCAGCCCAGCGAGCAGCGAUACCACGCCUGAUACAGACGACUCCGACGAGAAACCCUUCCACGGCUCUAAUGACAACUUCUCGAGGGCAGAUUACGAGGCAUUGCUCAGAGCCCAGCCUCAAUUUGCCCAGCCUCUGCCACCUCCGCCUCCCAUUCAACAAUCGCAGCGAAGCACUGCCCCCACCCGCCGACCAGCAAACAUGCCGCGCUUCCUGCCCUCCUCAUCAAGCAGCAGCGAGGACGAGGACGAGGACAGUGGUCACCUGGUGCCCGGCCGCGUCAUGGGUCCUCACGGUCCGCAGAGCGUCAAUGGUGGGCGUGGCGGAGCCUUUGGCGGCUCAUCAUCCGCCUCAUCUUCGGGGGGCGGUCAAUCUUCGUACCUCGACAAGCCCCUACCUUCUCAACCACUCGGUCGAGGACGAGGCCUGCAAGGCGGCUACGGAUAUAUGCCUGGCAGCGCAGAGAGUGGGCUCGCAAUCGACCCUGCUGAAGCGAUGAAGUCCAAUGCGAUCGAUGCGACUAUGACGCCCGCUAACAAUGCAGCUGGCGGUGAGGCGCCGAGCAUGCGCGGCAGUGGGGCAAGUCUCAACGGCGGGAGUAGCGAGGCGUCCAACAUCGGCGGCGAAGCGGACGAUGGAUCUAUCAGUCCUUCGAUCAGGAGCGGCGCACAAGCUAUCACACCGCAACAGGGUCAGCAAGGCUUUGCGCGCCAGCAAUUUCAGCAAAUGCGUGGCCCUCCGGGAAUGAUCGGGUCUGGGCAAGGUCGAGGUGCGUUUGGCACGCAAGGAAGCCAGAUUGCCGCACCGCCCACCGUCACGCAAGCGUCCUCCUUGUCGGCGCCUUCGUCGCGUCGAUCCAGCAACGCCUCAAGCAGCAGUAAUGGCAGUCAGUGGGAGGGACCAGACGCUGCAGAGGAGGAUGACGAUGAGGAAGAAGACUACGAGCCCGGAGAGGGAGGAGGAGCUCGGAAGCCUCGGGGGGGCCGCGGUGCGCCCACUGCUCAGAAGAAGGCAGCAGCAGCACGUCGCAGCGGCGGGGCCGGUGCUGGAGGCGCAGCAGCAGGGCAACGCAAGUCCGUCUCAGACAGCGCCCCCUUCAGCGGCGGCGAUGCCUCAUCAGACCCAGCCCUAGCCGGCUUCCACCCCGGCGGUGUCUCAACGCACGGCUCCGUCACGGUGUGCGAGUACGUUUCUCCCCUCACUGGCUCACGGUGUGGCACCGAGUUCCAUCGCCCGUACGACCUUGCGAGGCAUCGUGAGACCAUUCAUGCGAAGGAAGAAGCUUCGCUGGUGAGGCAGGGCAAACUGAGUAAGGAGCAAUGUAGAGUCCUGUACGUCGAGGUGGAUCCGGCGCGUAGUCAGGCGACGCAGGAGUGGAAGUGCGAUGGGCGCAAUGGGUGUGGAAGCGUCUUCAGUAGGAAAGAUGCAUUGCAGCGUCAUAGGAGAUUGAGGAACCAUUGAGGACGGCGAGAGUGAGGCAGGUGGAGCAUUAGCGGAACAAUCAGUAGGCAGCAUUUAGUCUUGAAUAAUAAUCACAUUAGGACACGUCGCAAUUGGAGUACAACAGGUCAUGUCGUCGUCGUUGU